AUGUCUAGCUCAUUUUUUGGUUCAACCACGAGCGAGCAAAGAUGGGCUAAUCAGUUCAAUAAACAUUUCACCAUAUACAUUGAAAAUGAUGCCUCCAUCUUUCGUGUACCAAAAAAAGUAUGCGACACAAAGCCAGAAACUUAUGCCCCUCAGCAGAUAGGCCUAGGAGCAUAUCAUAACUUGAGGCCUGAUCUUGAUGAAAUGAACCGCAGAAAGCUUGAGGCUGUCAAGAUAUUUUUGAAGCCGGAACAGUACCGGAAUUUCAAAAGCCUAAUUGUCGACAAGGUCAAAGAGCUUGAGCCCUCAGUACGCGCUUGCUACAGCAAGUACUUGGACAUUGAUGGCGAUACUUUGGCAUGGAUCAUGUCUAUUGAUGGUGUAUAUUUGCUUCAUCGGCUGAGCACCUAUAGAUAUAAAGGAAGUGUUGAUUCGGAGGACAGGAAGUUUGCUCAGGACAUUGCAAUGUUGGAGAAUCAAAUGCCCGUGAUUGUGCUCGAAGAAAUAUUGAAGGCUAUUCAAGCUCCUGUUGAAGGUGAGGUGCAAGGUGCCGAUGAUGAUGAUGAAGCUGGUGAUGGUGAGGAUGAAGAAGAAGAUGACGUUGAGGAAGAGGAUGAAAGUGAGAACGAGGAAGAAAACAAGGAAAAAAAAUUAAAUCGAUUGUUUUUGUCAUUCUGUAAAGCACACACUCCCCUUGGCCUAACUGAUAAAGCAGGAAUUCUUGGCGAUACCUCUAAUCCUCAUCUUCUGAGUUAUAUGUAUAAUUUGAUUGUGAAAAAUUGGUCUCUUGGAGAUCAGUCUCCCGAAGUUCGUAUUCUUUUAGGUUCGGCUCGACUAGGUUCGGCACUAGUCGAGGGAGCUGGUCAAGUUACACAGGCUGCAAGCGUUUUAGCUGAUUUGACGGGGCAGAAACCUCUGCAACUGUUAGCUAGUUUGCCACUGCAGCAGCUUGCUGCUCUUUUCAAAGAAGAUUCUAAAAAAGGAUACUCUUCAAUUGAGGAGGUCCAUAUACCAUCUGCUUCCCAACUUGAUGCAAUUUCCAAUGUACAAUUUAAAGUCUGGCGUGCAGGCGUCAAAAUCAUGCAGUUUGAUAAAAAGGAUCGGGUAAUGUACCUCCCUGUAAUCACUCUGAACACUGAUUCAGAACUGAUAUUACGCAACCUGGUGGCUUAUGAAGUUGCCUCAGCUUCUCCUGAAUCUACCCUUAUACUUGCCGGAUAUGUGGAUUUCAUGUGCGGCAUUAUUGAUACUGCAAAAGAUGUAGAUUUGCUCAAGAAAAAGGGAAUCAUACAAAGCGAUCUCCCGAUUGAAGAAAUUGCGGAAAUCUUCAAUGGGAUAAGCAAAUCUAGCAGUCAGAAUGCCCUUCCUGAAUUAGAAAAGGCUACUCAGGAUUUGAAUAGGAUUUAUGACAGCACUUUCAGAGUCAGAACUUGGAGAUUCAUAAGAGACCAUUUGAUUCCAUCUGAGGGUGCUGUCAAGCUCUUUUUUGCGAUAUUGCUGAUUUUGCUGCUCUCACUACAAGCAGUUUGCCAAGUUUAUGGCUGCAGUGCUCGUUGGUUUGGCAGGGUCAGUUCUAUAUGA